AUGGCCACGAUGACGCAAGGCGACGCCUCUCCGAGUCAGGGCGCUGAGCAAGCGCAGCGGCAGGGAUCGUCAGACAAAUACGCGCACGUGCCACGCGACGGCAGCGUCGUCGAGCCGCCUUGGGGCCCCCUCGGCCGUUCCUUCACGCUCGGGAUCGUCUCCCUGGCGGCGAGGCUGACGUUGCGCGUCGCGAACUCAUGGCACAUCACAAACGACGAGGAGCUCCGACGAGCCGCCGAGGCACGGGAGCCUGGCAGAGGGCUGGUCACGGUGAGCAACCACACGAGCACCCUGGACGACCCCUUCGUGCUGUCGAACCUCAUGCCCUGGCGCUUCUUCUACACGGAGCACCUCCACGGCCUCAACCGGUGGACGAUGUGCGCAAAGGAGAUAUGUUUCAAGUCGAGUGUUCUUUCAACGUUCUUCCGCAACGGGAAGACGCUGCCGGUGGAGCGGGGCGGGGGCAUCAUGCAGCCGGUCAUCCGCAUCGCCACCGAGCGCCUCGCAGCCGGCGACUGGGUCCACGUGUUCCCCGAGGGCAAGAUCCAGUACGACGGCAGACUGGCGCGGCCGCUGCGCUGGGGCGUGGGCAAGGUCCUGUGCGACGCGGUGCACAUGCAGCACGCGGGCCCCGAGGGGAUCAUCUCCGACGCGGAGGCGCUCAGCAAGUACGCCGGCUUCCUACCAACGGGGGAGGUGUCUGCCGCGCGCGCCUUCUCCGCCGCGGAAGCCAAGUCGCGCUGGUGGUGGCCGUUCCGUCGCGGCGCACAGCGCGCGGCCGAGGACGCCCCGUGCCACGGCGCGGCGUCGCCUGCAGAGCAGGUCGGCGGAAGCGACGUCAGCGACGGCGCUGCGUAUGCCACCGAGGGAGGCAGCGGGGCGCCCAAGUUCCCGCUGGUGGUGCCGUUCUACCACAGCGGGAUGGGCGACGUGAUGCCGCUGUGGUCGAAGUUCCCGUCCGUCGGACACGACGUCCGCGUGGCCGUGGGGGCCCCGAUCGAGAUGGACGACGUGCUAUGCAAGUGCGCGAGGAAGGGCGGGUCGACGCCCGACGUGUGGAUGGAGAUCGCAUCGCGGAUCGAGCAGCGCCUGUCGCAGCUGGCGCAGGAGGUCCCCGACAACACAGACCAGCUGGCCAAGCUGGGCAUCACGCACGACGAUAUCCGCCCGCGGCGCAAGCGCGCGGCGUACGCGAAUCUAGCGCAGCGGUGGCGCGAGGCCAAGGAGCGCGGGAGGGAGCGGCUGGCAGCGCGGGUGGAGCAGGUCAAGGAGAAGGGGGACGGGGGGGUCGGACGGUGGUGGGGGGCGGUGCGGCGGAAACGAGAAGGGGGCGAGGAGGGCCGCGGAGGGGGUGCUGGGGCCGAGGGCGCUGCGUGA